AUGAUUCAUCUCCUCCCUCCCCGUUUCAUGAUUCAUCUCCUCCCUCCCCGUUUCAUGAUUCAUCUCCUCCCUCCCCGUUUCAUGAUUCAUCUCCUCCCUCCCCGUUUCAUGAUUCAUCUCCUCCCUCCCCGUUUCAUGAUUCAUCUCCUCCCUCCCCGUUUCAUGAUUCAUCUCCUCCCUCCCCGUUUCAUGAUUCAUCUCUCCCUCCCCUCGUUUCAUGAUUCAUCUCCUCCCUCCCCGUUUCAUGAUUCAUCUCCUCCCUCCCCGUUUCAUGAUUCAUCUCCUCCCUCCCCGUUUCAUGAUUCAUCUCCUCCCUCCCCGUUCAUGAUUCAUCUCCUCCCUCCCCGCCUUUUCAUGAUUCAUCUCCUCCCUCCCCGUUUCAUGAUUCAUCUCCUCCCUCCCCGUUUCAUGAUUCAUCUCCUCCUCCCCGUUUCAUGA